UAAAUUACCACUUCAGUCAACAGGAAAGACUUUCUCCCCACAUCCUCAUUCACAUUCAACCAAUAAGACACCAAAAGCCAACGUUAUCCUCAGAAUGAAGAAACGCGGUCCACGUAUUCAAAUCAUGGCAGGUCCCACACUCGAUGAACUUUCACCCGUCAAGGUCAAUGCAGAUCAAACUGGACCCAUGCCCAUCAAAACGGAUAGUUUUGAAGGUGCUUUGAUCGUAAGAAUCAAAAACUUCGCGGGAGUUGAUGGGGAAAUUUACCGCGACACCGAGUCUGGUUAUUUCUUAUAUAACCAUGAUGUCACUUGGAGUAUUCAAGUUCGAGGCCGAUUUCUCAAGCCAACAAACGCCAAUGACUGCGUGUUCGGCAAUACCUUCGAUCAACCGAUCCGAAGUCGAUUGCCGUAUGGCACUGCUAUAGCUGUCAAAACUAUUUCGUACAUUGACCCAGGGUUCCAAUGCGAUUUGUAUGCGGAUAAACCAUGGGCAUGGUCGCCCCUUUUGGCGACGAUGAAUUACGUCAAAACGGUAAAAUUGCCAUCCGAUGAUACACCAUUGCCUGAAUGGGAUGGGAAAAAACCUGUUGAAGAUUGCAAUACAAUCAUCAAAAGUACUAUGCCUGAUCCUACCCCACCUCAGCCUCAUCUCCGACGCAGGUACUUUGCUUCUGAGGCCAAUCGUCUAGCGCUGACCCUGGGACCCAAAGACUUUAUCAACGCUGAGUUCGCUAAUGGAUUUUUAGACUUCUCCACCCUCUCACUAAAGAUCCCCGUCGUCAAUCUCUCGUUCAGUCUCGAUAAGUUAUGGGACGGACAACCAGUCAGAUACAUGUGUUUAAAUCGCAAAACAAAUGAAUGUUACUGGGCUGUAGUCUUUCAAAUCGCUGAAUUAGAAGCGGAUAACAACUUAUCUGAAGAUGAUACUGAUUCAAAUGAAGAGCAAUCUUCCGAGGAAAACUUUGCGGUAAGUCGACGUGCUACACGAGGCAAUUCCGCAGCCACACGACCACCAGAUGACCUACCAGUCUUUGAAAAUCCUGUGAUAGAUGAAUGAGCAGGCAGAGUUUCUUUCAUCUCCAACUGACUAAUGUUGAGAUUCUCCCUUGAAGUGCGAUGUGGUUCUCAAUUUCACUUGGCAUUUGGAUGGUUUCCUUGAUACAUAGACCAUACUAGCAACUUUUUUUCCUUCCUGUUUGUUUGUACAUUUGAUCAUCAGCACAUAUAUGGGUGUAUGUUUUAGUGUCUGAAAGUGUGAACAAGGUGAUAUGCAUUUGUAGCAUUAAAUAAUACAGGACAUCCCAAUAUCCAUAUGCUGAUAGGUGAUGUGUUGAUCCUAUCAACUACUAAUCAUUACAGUGUUGUCAGCAGCAUAAUUGAUGACAAUCUAAAAAAUAAUGAUGACGAUGAUC